AUCUAUCUAUCUAUCUAUCUAUCUAUCUAUCUAUCUAUCUAUCUAUCUAUCUAUCUAUCUAUCUAUCUACAUCUCCUCAUCUCCGUAUUAUUUCUGAUGAAUAUCUUUUUUCUUUUUCUGUUAUUCUCUCUUUUUUAAUAGAUGAAAGAGGGAAACAGGGAAGAAGGGAACGCAGCCAAACCCACAUUUGGUGAGGUGGUGGGAGACGGAUGAGAAGUGGGCGGAGCUUGAGAUGGAGCGCGACACAGUGGGCGUGGUUAAUGGAAGGAGCGACUAACCACUGAUUGGUGUCCGUGUGUGAAAGAGAGAGAGAGAGAGAGAGAGAGAGAGAGUGUGUGUGUCUCAGGUUUCAGCCCUGGUUUGUGUAUGUAUGUGUGUGUUUUUCUCGGUGGAGAGAAGUUGGAGGAGUUGGAGCUCGCGCUGGGAUUGUUCUGAUCUAAACUGGAAUAUUCACACACACCCAGGAGCGCGCGCGGAUACGCGGAACACACACACACACACACACACACACACACAGGGAUUCAGAUGAGGUAGCACCCCCAGGUGUGUAUUCAGAAGUGGGAGAUGUGUUGUAUAAUGUUUCCCAACCUGCUGCUAAUGUUGGUGCAAACCCACGCUGUCAGUUUCCCAGAGGACACCGCUGCACUCAACAUGGUGGACCGGCACUAUUCCCGACAGUAUCCGGUUUUCCGUGGUCGGCCGUCUGGAAACGAAUCCCAACAUCGGCUGGACUUUCAGCUGAUGACCAGAAUCCAGGACACGCUGUUCAUCGCCGGCAGAGACCAGGUGUACUUGGUGAGUUUAAGAGAGUCCUACAGGAAUGACAUCACUCCCUACAGGAAGUUGACGUGGAGGUCGAGUCAGACGGACCGAGAGACCUGCGCUCUGAAGGGCAAACACAGGGAUGAGUGCCAUAACUUUAUUAAGGUUUUAGUUCCUAGAAAUGAUGACCUCGUCUUUAUCUGCGGUACCAACGGCUUCAACCCUAUGUGCCGUUAUUACAGGAUGGAUAAUCUGGAGUUUGAUGGAGAGGAGAUCAGUGGUUUGGCUCGAUGUCCAUUUGAUGCUAAACAGACCAACGUAGCACUCUUCUCAGAUGGCAAGCUGUACUCAGCAACAGUAGCUGAUUUCCUGGCGAGUGAUGCAGUGAUUUAUCGCAGUAUGGGAGACGGUUUGGCUUUGAGGACCAUCAAAUAUGACUCCAAAUGGCUGAAAGAGCCUCACUUCCUACAUGCUGUGGAUUAUGGGAAGUAUGUGUACUUUUUCUUCAGAGAGAUCGCAGCAGAACACAACAAUCUGGGAAGGGUGGUGUACUCGCGUGUGGCGCGGGUGUGUAAGAGUGAUAUAGGUGGGUCUCAGCGUGUUCUGGAGAAACACUGGACAUCGUUUGUGAAGGCGAGACUGAACUGCUCUGUCCCUGGGGAAUCCUUCUUCUACUUCGACGUCCUGCAGUCACUCACUGACAUCAUAAUCGUCAACGGGGUUCCCACUGUGGUCGGCGUGUUUACCACCCAACUCAACAGUAUUCCAGGCUCGGCUGUGUGUGCGUUCUCCAUGCUGGAUAUAGAGAAGGUGUUUGAGGGACGUUUUAAGGAGCAGAAAUCUCCAGACUCUGUGUGGACUCCAGUUCAUGAGGACAGACUGCCCCGCCCCCGUGCGGGGUGCUGUGCUGGUCAUGGAUCAGCAGAAUUGUAUAAGAGCUCAUUGGAGUUUCCGGAUGAAACUCUGCAGUUUAUAAAGUUACACCCGCUGAUGGACGCUGCCGUGCCCUCUGUCCGAGACGAGCCCUGGAUCACCAAGACCAGAGUGAGGUACAGGUUGACUGCUCUGGCAGUAGAUAACACAGCAGGUCCCUAUAAUAACUACACGGUGGUGUUUGUUGGCUCGGAGGUGGGCGUGGUCCUGAAGGUUCUGGCAAAGACGUCUGUGUUGUCCUUAAACGAGAGCGUCCUGCUGGAGGAGAUUGACGUCUUCAACCAGGCCAAGUGUUUAUAUAACAGUGAAGAAGACAGGCGUAUUCUCUCCUUCUACCUGGACAAAGAAACACACACUCUGUAUGUGGGGUUCUCCACCUGUGUGGUGAGAAUUCCACUGAGUCGUUGUGAGAGACACCGGACCUGUCACAAAUCGUGUGUUGCCUCUAGAGAUCCAUACUGUGGCUGGAUGUCACAUGGGGCUUGUGAGAGGAUUCCAGCAGGAGUAGACACUGAGUUUGAGCAGGAUGUGGAGUUUGGUGAUACGGGGCGUCUAGGUGACUGUCACGAGUUUCUCACUCCCGCUUCAGCACCAGGUUUCAAAUCAUUUGGUGAAGCAACUUCUGGUAUUUGGGAGAUCCAGUCGGCUGACUCCAACCAGCUGGUUCACAUGAACAUCCUAAUCACAUGCGUUUUGGCUGCUUUCCUGUUGGGGGCGUUCAUCGCUGGUGCUGUAGUCUACUGCUACCGAGACGUCUUCCUACUCAAAAAGGCACAAAAAAUCCGCAAAGUUCCACAAAGUAAAGAUGAGGAGUCAACACCGUCACACACGGACUCCACCGGGAGCUUCAACAAGCUAAGUGGCCUUUUUGAAAGUCCGCUGAAGGAAUUUCCCAGCGCUAUGGAGGAGGCCAGGAUCUAUUUUAGCACAGAAAAAGAUGAAAAAAGCCCAGAACCCCAGAGCGCCCCCCUCAGCAGGCAGAACCCUGAACUGGCGGCUUUGCCCACUCCCGAAUCAACACCUGUGCUGCACCAGAAAGGGCUUCAGCAGAGCAAGAACCAGUGGGAAAGGGCAUAUGGGAAAACUUGCGUGUCUCAAAAAGAGGCUCCACCCAAAAGCCCGCAAAACCCCAACAUCCCGAGCGCUGUCGUGCUUCCGAACGCGACUCAUGAGAAAACUGCCCAGAGCAACGACACCAGCAGCAUGAAGUCAGUCCAUAAAGAGCGGCGGCGUUCUGUAGACGCUAGAAACACGCUUAACGAGCUUCUGAAGCAUCUUAACGAGGCUAAUGAGGCAAAAACGAUAAACACCGACCGUAAAGCCAUAGUUGCUGAUGUCCCUCAUCCUUGUCCUCACCUGAUGCUUGAGCCCUUGGGGAACUUGGCAGAAAUCCCACCUAAAGUUCCAAGUCGGGAAGCAUCACUUUAUUCACCAUCAUCUUCGUUACCCAGACACAGUCCCACCAAGCGUGUGGACGUCCCAUCCCUGCCAACAUCACCCACAGGACAGAUGGGGACCCUCGACAGGCAGCGUUUUCACCGCGUCGGCUCCACCCACCGUCACACCGGAUCGUCCGGGGCUUUGCUGGUGCGCCACUCCAGUUUCCGAGGUGCACUGGCACCGCCCACUCCACCCUCAAGGAUGGAUUCACAAGGGAUUUCACGGCAACACAGUUACAGCGGUUACGGUUCGCUUCCUCGGACUUCUGUCAAACGAACGGCAUCAUUAAAGCCGGAUGUUCCGCCCAAACCUGGAGGAUUCGUACCGCAAACGAGGUCCAUAAACAAAUACAGCUACUGAGCUGAGGACCAAUCACGUGCGCUGAAACGACAAUAAACUCUGUUAUGGCUCAAAUGAGGACAGUAAAAUAAACUAUUGAAUGGAGCAGGAAGUAAACGUAGAACUCCAUAAAUAAGAGAAAGGACAGGAUUUAAAGUGGGCAGAGUUUGAGGAAAUGUUUCAAAAGCAAAUAAACAAACACUGGAACGAGGAAAGGAAAUGAGACGAGCGUCUCCAUGGAAGCAGUUUCACUGCGGGAAAAAAUUUGUGGCACAAACCAGGAAAGUUUAAUGUCUUUAAAUCAGAUUAAAAAUGGCAGAAUGCUGAAUGAGCCAAUGAGAAAAACUUUGACCUGUGAGGCGGCAGGGUCGUCCAAAGUCAGAGGUUCAAGGUCAUGGUUGAUUUACUCUGUUUCGGGAAUACUUGAAAUAUAUUUGUUGUUAACCAGCUUCGAUUCGAAACAAAAAAAAAAUAGGACUGGAAAAAGCUGUGCAUUUGACUGGAGUAGUAAACAGGAGGCACUGAGGGAGUUCCAGAUAUGGGCGUCAUGGAAACGGGAAGUGUUACAAAGUUACGGAGUUACAACUUUACACAAACGCUCUGAGGAUGCACUUACCACUGGCUUCUGUCCAGCUCCGAUUCUUACUGUCAUACAACUCAACUGUUAACAUUACUGUGUGUGUGUGUGUGUGUGUGUGUGUGUGUGUGUGUGUGUGUGUGUGUGUGUGUGUGUGUGUGUGUAUGUGUGUGUGGUCUGAAUUUAAUAUUUUAUCUUUAAACUCACUGGGAAACAUUUCAACAAAUUGCUGCUACUGAGUGUAGAUGAACAAUGGUAUUGUGUGCGUGCCUGUGCGUGCGCGCGUGUGUGUGUCUGUGUGUGUUUGUGUGUGUUUAGCCACAGAACAGCAUUUUUCUUAUUUUGUGUGUUUGAGACACACACUAAGCUCAAGUGUUUGAUGUUUAAACUCAGUAACUGAAUAUUCGAGUCGAGAUUCUUGUAGUUUUGCACUGGAGCUACGGGGCUAAUGUAGCUAACAAGUAAUGGGAGCUUAUAGCUACCACUUUAGCAUUGUGCUAUAUAACUGCAUGUGUAAUCUGUUAACACACUCCAGAUUUUAGUAUAGAACUUUAUAUUAAACUGGGACUAAAACACAACCGUGGCUAAUUAACAUCAUUAAGAGUGUUUGAUUGUAAUUACUGUAACAGCUACCCCCGCUUGCCCAGCUACCCCUCUGUUCCUGUACCUCCGCUGGCCAAGCUACCCCCUCUGUUUCUGUAAACCCGCUGGCCCAGCUACCCCUCUGUUCCUGUAACCCCGCUGGCCCAGCUACCCCUCUGUUCCUGUAAUAGCUGGCCCAGCUACCCCUCUGUUCCUGUAACCCCGCUGGCCCAGCUACCCCUCUGUUCCUGUAACCCCGCUGGCCCAGCUACCCCCUCUGUUCCUGUAAUAUAGCUGGCCCAGCUACCCCUCUGUUCCUGUAACCCCGCUGGCCCAGCUACCCCUCUGUUCCUGUAACCCCGCUGGCCCAGCUACCCCUCUCAUGCAGGCAAUGAGAAUGAGUGUAAAAAUAUACAUUUGGACAGUUCUGAGGCAGAUGUGUGUUCUGUGCCUUAUUGAGAAACACUGCUGUGGGUUUCCUCUCAUCCACAUAUCACUGUACAUUUCUGUACGAGCAAGAAGAACAAGAGAGAGACAAAGAAAUAAAGAAUUGUUUUUUUCUUAAGAAUGUUUAUAAUGAAUGAUGAGGUACACAGCGAGAUAUUACUCCAUUUUAUUCUCCAAAAACAACAAAAGGUUUCUGCUGUUCACUUUGUGUAUGACUAAAAACAUUAUCUCUAGCAUUAGCCUUAGCAGUUAGCUGGUUAGCAGGGGUUUUAAUCCCCAGCCAGGUGAGGGACAGGAGUGAUUAGCAGAACACUGAGUGGUGAUCUUCUGAAGCUCAUCAAAGCUUCAGACUCCUGUGGAACUGUUUGUUACACUGUGGAGGUCUGGUGGAAUGAACUCUACAGGAACAAUGCUAGAUAGCUAGUGCUAAUCUUGUAGCUCUGUGAGAAGAUUAGCUUCAGUAAGACCACAGAAUGACAUUCAGAUUCAUCCUAUAGAGGUAAUGGUACAAAACUAUUCGAAUCUGAAUGUAGAUGAAACAAAAGGAGUUGAUCUGUAAUAUCUUUAGGAGGAAAGACAAAGCGAGAUCCAGUGAUGUUGAUGUUCUUGUUUGCAUGUAUGUGUCUUUUCACAAGUUAUUCAGGUCUGAUUUGUUUACAUUUGAUUAGACUUGUGUCGAUAAUCAGCCGAUCGAUGUUACUGUUCGCGGAGCCUAAUUCUGACACAUUCAGGAGAAAACUGUCCUGAUGUUCAGGAGUGCAAACACUAACUAAGCCACGCCCACCUCACCCACAUAGUGGGUAAUUGGCUGUUUUUUUGGGACACGUCCCCAGCAGGUGAUGUACAUUGCUGGGUUUCUGUGCAGUAUGAAUGCAAGCAUGUAAGGUGGACCUGUGCAGGAGCCUGAGCAGCUGGCUGGUUGGUAGGUUGUUUGCUGGAGUCUGUGGGUGUGUCAUCUGUAUGCAAGCUGUAACUGUGAAUCUGUAAAUAACUGCAUUAAUUUUUUUUAUUUUUUUUUUAACACUGCAUGUAUAGAAAUAAAACCCCACAUUACUA